AUGUCCAAUUGGGACAAUCUGGAUAAAUUUAUCGAAAUGGAUUCUAUUCCAAUCAAGAAAAGUGCUAUAUCAAAAAUAGCAAUCAAUCCGGAAGAGGAAAACGGCCUCUUUAUUGAAGAGAAUAACGAUAGUGAUACUGAGGAUGGAAUGUCUACAUCAACUUCAAGCAAAAUCAAUGUUGAGUCAGAAAGCGAGGAUGAGGGAGCUGGCGACAUCAUCAUUACUAAUGAUUUCACUGUAGGUGACGUGAACCUAGUUGAAGUCUUAAAUCGUUUCAAUUCAAAGUAUGAUAAUAUAAUCUCCGAAUUUGCGGAUGUAGAAAUAUUUUUGAUAUCGCUGGAUGGGUUAUUAAUCGAACUUACAGCACACAGUUAUUUGAAUUGGACGCUAGGCGGACAGACUAUCAUUAUCGCAAAACAAAUCGAGAUUUUAUUGAAACAGCUUUCAAAUCUUGGCGGAAAAUUCAAAUUAAUUUGGUUCACGGAUUUAUCUGCCAUCUAUGUGAAAGAUACGAUCCUCAACUUUCUGCGUAGUUUCGUUGCAGCUUACUUGCUUCAGUCUCAAUGGGCAGCAGAUGUUGAUCAUUUUGCAAAUCCUAGUGAUUCACUUUGGUUAUCUUACUUGCACGAGUUGAUGCCUUCAUUUUUGCUGAUUGGCGUUGAUGAUGUGUCAGAAAAUGUAGUGGCAGAUACUGCGUUGGGUUUCAAACAAUUUCUUGCUUCAAUAGCGCUUCAGGCGCUUGGUUCAACUAUUCCCGUCGUGUAUUUAAAUGGCCUCGUCGUAAAUCUUUGUUCAGUUUACAGUCAUCGUGUUGAACCGCACAUGGUGGAUUUCAAAGGAUGGACCGAUUAUUUAAUCCAACUGUGGGUUGAAAAAAAAGAUGAAGUUCACAGGAAUAUUAAUUUGUCAAGUUGCAAAAGCGUUUCACAAUUAUGGGCUCAAAUUAUUGGAGAUAAUAAGAAAAGUGGUGGUUUACCAAAAGAAUCUGAUGCAUUAACAUCUGCAGUACUUAUUUCCUCAUUGAUUUGUGAACGUCGUGGAACAGAGCGUCGUUAUUUUGAAGAAAAUAAAGCUUCGAAAAGAGGCAUCGAUUUUAUCAAAUUCCGAAGAACAUUGCUUAAUUCUUGUUCUUCUUUACUGGAUACACUUGAUAUAAAGCAGCAUCCAUUAUCUUUCUCAUUAAUCGAUCUUUGGGACGGUCCUUUGAUAGCGGGAAUAUAUGAUGCUAUAAACUCUGGUGUGAAAGUUCUUCCAUAUCGACUUCAGCAGGAAUUUGCUCCUCUGCAUAAAAAAGCUUGUCUGGAGCUGUCUCUUGAAGUCGAUAUAGAUGAUGCUUUAUUUGAUUCGGCUAUAAAAGAGGAGGAUUCUAAGAAGCCUGCACUUCUUCCUAUUAAUUCUGCAUUGCUGAAUCUAUACGCUCCAGAAAUGCUAAGCGCUUUUGCGGAUUAUAGCCAGGAAAUGGAAACAUCCACUUUCAAACAAUUUUGGAUGCGUGUUAAAUGGCGUCUCGAUGCUAUUGAAGAGCCUUACACUAAACCCGAAGAGCGAAUUGAUAAUGAAUACCGAAUGAAGAAUAAGAACAAGAACAAACAAAAGCUUAGCAAAUGGUACGAAUUCUUCGCUGAAUCGCUUGAAGGGCGUGGAUCUAGUUUGCUAGUUGAUUUUUCACGUACACCACGUGGAUUUGCUUCAAAAUUUACUGAUCAAACUGAUAAAAAGAAAGAGAAACAGCAGUGGCAACCAAAAGGCAAAGGAAAUGGACCAAAAGGUAAAGGAGCUGUUAAAUCGAAAAAAGAAUUAAUUUUGGAAGCUAAUCGGAAUAAAAAGAAUGAAAAACUUGCGGAAGAUGAAAAGCAGAUGGUUCGAUUCGCAGUGCAACAGGGAAAAAAUGCAAUGUUUAUUUUGGAAAACUUGAUGAAUAAACUCGAAUUGGGCUCAUCUAGAGCUAUGUGUAUCUAUCAGCAAAUGCUGCGUAUGUCAGAAGAUUUUAGUUCUCUGGAAGGAAAAGAUCUCUUGGAGAAGAGAAGGAUUCGAGCAGUUCCUAUAAUCAAUAAAUUGAAGGAUCUCUUUACACUAUAUUGGCAACACCUGGAUGAUAAGCAAAAGGAAUAUGUCACUGAUUUAUGGGUUUCGCUUGGAUUUGAAAAAAGCAAGAAGUCAACUGCUUUUUCUGAAAGCAGAUUAACAUUGAACAUGAAUAUGAUAUAUUAUCAGUUAGCUUACGGUGGUGAAAUUAUCGAUAUUCGGUCGGAUCCGCAAAAGGACGAUCGUGUAACUGGUUUCCAACCAGAUGCAUGGCAGAGACGUAUGUUGGAUGCUGUGGAUAAAAAUCACUCAGCUGUUAUAAUUGCUCCAACCUCUGCGGGUAAAACUUUUGUAUCGUAUUACUGUAUAGAGCGUGUAUUGCGACAAAGUGAUGAAGAUAUGGUUGUUUACGUUUCGCCCUCCAAGGCACUUCUGAAUCAAGUUUGUGGCUCAGUGUACGCUCGUUUUCAUAACAAAACAUUAACUGGUGGAAAAGCACUUUUUGGAACGCUUUUGUUAGAGCAUUUCGAGAAUCCAAUGAAUUGUCAGGUGCUCGUCACUAUUCCGGAGUGUCUUGAAAAUUUGCUUUUGUCAACUAAUCCAGUUGUGCAGGCAAUGAUCGAUAAAAUUAAAUACGUCAUAUUUGAUGAAGUUCAUUGCAUUAGCGCUUCUCCAGAUGCUCAUAUUUGGGAACAUCUUUUGCUUCUUAUUAGAUGCCCGUUCCUUGCUCUUUCAGCUACUAUCAGUAACGCAACGGUUCUUCAUCAGUGGUUGCAGUCCGCUGAGAAAAGUAAAAAUAUAUGGGCACCUUUAAAUGAGGUUGAAUUAAUAACAUAUGGUGAAAGAUACUCGGAAUUGGAACUUGCUGUUCAACGGAUUAAUCCGACAAUUGAUACAGCAGUUCCUGAUGGAACCGCCAUGAAUUCAAUGGUUCAACACUUUAUGCCGUACGGGGUAUAUAAACCGGUGAAGUUGUCAAUGUUCGGCAUUCCCGAUGAUCAGCAGUUAACUGCAAGACAAAUUCUUGAUUUAUAUCAUGCUCUCGCCGAAGUGGAUCCUGUAGUCAAGGAAGAAUUUGAACCGUGUUCAUUUUUCAACUACAAACUUGGAGGCGAAAAGAUUUGGCUUACACGUGAAGAUAUUAGACGUUUGGAGGUUGCAUUAAAAAAUCGGUUUUUGGAGUGGCUUGGAAUAAAUCCAGAAAGAGCCAAUAAAGUUUUGCAGCAAAUUGGUAAAAAUGUAGAGCAAGAAUUAGACUUUAGGAGCAGACCAUUUGAUCAGCGAGCUGCAGCAAUGAAAAGCAUUGCUCCUUUAGUUUUGGAGUUGCGUGAUAAAGAAUUACUUCCGGCAAUUUGUUUUAAUGAAGAUCGUCGAAUGUGCGAAAAAUUAGCUCAGCAGUUGUUCGAUUAUCUUGAAAUGCAGCAAAAGGAAUUCGAAGCUAGUGCGGAAUACAAAAAAUAUGAAAUAAAAGAUGAAGAAAAAAUAGCGAAAAUGAUGAAAAGAAAGAGAGAUGCUGCAGCAACAAAGGAGAAAAAAAAGUCGAAAGCUGUAGAUAAGUUUGAGAGAGCUGAAACGGAAGAGCUAGAACAUAAAGAGCAAGUUGUUGAUGAUUACGAUCCGCUUGCUGCAAUGAGAUUGCGGUUGGAUAUGGUUUUGGAAAGAUUUAAAUUGCAUGGUCGGCAGCGUGAUGUGGAUUUGUAUCAAAAAGUUACUGCAAGAUUGACAAAAGAUCGAAUAUCUGGACGAGAAACAACAAAAUUAUUAUUUAAGCUCUUUGAACGUGGCAUUGGUUUCCAUCAUCCCGGUUUGAACGCUAAAGAACGCGGUGCAGUUGAAAUCUUAUUCAGAUCUGGUCAUUUGGCAAUUUUAUUUACGACUUCAACGUUAGCACUUGGUAUCAACAUGCCAUGUAAAACUGUUCUCUUCGGUGUUGAUGAUGCAAAUUUGACACCUUUGCAGUUUCGGCAAAUGUCUGGACGUGCGGGUCGUCGUGGUUUUGAUCAUUCAGGCUCAGUCAUUUUUAUGUCAAUACCAACUGCAAAGAUAAGGCGCUUAUUGACGGCGAGUUUGUCAACUUUGCGUGGAAAUUUGCCAUUUACAACAUCUUAUAUCCUACGUCUUUUCGGUUACAUACAUCAAGAAGAUAGCAUGAUGAGUAAACUACGUUCAGGAAAUCAAAAAUUCUCACCGUUUGAGCUAAGAUUACAAACUGUUUUGUCUUUCUUGACAAAUUCUUUUAUUCUUCAUACACGUGCCGAAUUGUCAUCAACAGUGCAGAAGCAGCUCAGAUUGUACACACUUUUUGCUGUCCAAGUGUUACGUUCUCUGGAUUUAUUGAAUGAGAAUGGUAAAUUGAGCGGUUUGGCUUCUCUAGUAUGCCAUUUAUCAGGCAACGAACCAGGUAAUCUCCUUUUUGCACAUCUUCUGCAGAAUGGUGUAUUUCACAACUUGUGUCGUGAUAACACGGUAUCAAGAGAGGAAUUGAAAAGUCAACUGGUCCUUAUUUUUGCUCAUCUGUUCACUAAUUUGCGACUGCCCCUUAAUUGGAACCCGGAUGACAAGAAUUCCUAUCCAUCAGCAGGUGAAUCAGAGAUUUUCUUAAAACCUUUACCCGAAAGUUGUGCGCGCUUAAUUAAACAGUACGCCAACAGGGUGGAAAUUUUAUAUCGAGAAUUUAUGCGAUUAAAUGAUCCUAACAAAAGACUUCAGGGUGAUGUAUUCUCGCUAACAGGUUACACGGAUUCAUCAGUUUCAGUGUUCUCAUCAAGUAUUGUUCAUCCAUUCCAUGAUUGUUUGCUUUUUGAUGAAUCAUUUAUACCAGUUCGCUGUCCAUGUCCAGUUGAUCAUCGUGGUCGAAAAGUAUACUUGAAUGCUUAUGCAGUCGAUUUUUGGCGUCUGGAGUCAAAAAAAGCAUUGGAACGCGAUAACGGAAUUAGUGAAAAUAGAGUUUGGAGUUUAAUUCACAAUUUUUCAGCCACUCUUCUCAAGAUUAAACAUGCAUUGUUAGCUAUUGGUCGUUCCAAAGAUCCAUUUGUGGAAUUGAUGGUAGAGUUGGCAAAUGAAUAUGAUAAAAAAUUCUGCGUUGCCUUUUCAAUGAAACAGAAAAAUCGUGUUUCCAUAGAAACUAUAGAAUGA